AUGAAGUUCUCGACCGUCUUCACCGCCGCCGUCGUCGCCGUCGUGUGCCUGCUGCAGCCCUCGGCCGCCGAGGAGCAGGCCUCCGUGCACCUCCGCGUGCACACCGAGCAGAGCCCCAACGGCGCGAUCUGCUACAAGGCGUGCCCCACGGGCCAGUACUGCCCGCGUGGCGAGAACGCCUGCCGUGCCCCCACGGGCAAGCAGUGCUUCAACCCGGCCACGAGCCUCUUCCUGGCCAACGGCUGCGACCGCGGCUUCAAGUGCAGCAACGGCAAGUGUGUCUACGCCUAA